CUCACGUUAUGUCUGGGGUGGAAAUGUAACUAUUCCCAAAGCUGGAAACACUCGAACAAUCGGAAUGUAAUAUAUAAAGCCAAGCUGUAAUACCUUAUGAGUUCUCAAAUCAAAAUAUCAUCAAUUCUUUCAUUUUCACCAGCCAAAGGAACCUAUUGAACUCCGAGCUUGACUUACGCCAUUCACCAAGAUGAGAUACCUCACCGCAUCGUUAGCCUUUCUCUCCUGUUCAAGUUUGGUACUUGGACUUCAACCAUCACUUAAAAAAUACCAUGGAUUUCAGAAAUCCAAGAGAGACAAUAGCACCGACCCGGGGUCUAUGGUCCAGCUGAAUUCUGAUGAGGACUUCCACUUUGAACUUAUCCGAGUCCUAGCUCUUGCCCCAUACCAAGGAGCAGAUAUCGGCGAGGUUUUGGUUGCCGCAAACCAAAUUGCGCCGGGCAGCUUCGAAAGCUUCUACGCAGCAUUCGAUAAACUCGCCAACCGAGUCCACGACACCGCUGCUGCGAUUGAUUCAAGCAAACAUCCGGUAUCGGCCAGGGAUGCGUUCUUCAGAGAAGCGAGUUACUACCGCUCAGCCGAUUUCUAUCUCCACGGAAACUGGAGCGACCCGAGGAUCAACUCACUAUGGGCAAAGCAACUCGCAGCUUUCGAUUCAGCCAUCGCGUUGCUGCCCAUACCUGGUGAGCGCGUCGAACUCCAAGCCGACGGUUUCAAAGUCCCUGCCAUCUUCUUCAGCAGCGGUCUUCCUGGUCCCCGUCCUACUCUCCUCAUGUGCAACGGCUAUGACGGCUCGCAAGAGGAGAUGUACCACGCGAUAGGUGCAGCCACUCUACAACGUGGUAUCAACGUGAUUACGUUCGAGGGCCCAGGGCAACCUACAGUAAGGCGUCAGCAAGGUCUUGGCUUCAUCCAUGAUUGGGAGAAGGUUGUUACCCCGGUUAUCGACUAUGCUUUGUCGCGCGGCGAUGUUGAUGGUAGCAAAUUGGGAUUAUGGGGACAAUCAUUGGGAGGAUACUUAGCUCCUCGCGCAGCAGCAUAUGAUCAUCGACUUGCAGCGGUUAUUGCUUUCGACGGUCUUUACUCCUUCAGCGACGCCAUCUUCAACCAAUUAGGACCCAAUUUCACUGCGCUGUAUCACUCAGGCAACCAAACAGCAUUCAACACCGUCGCAGCUUCAUUGCUUAAAGACCCGUCGACUCCGACUAGCACUCGUUGGGGCCUUGAGCAAGGAAUCUGGUCUUAUAAAGCCUCAAGUGCGUAUGACUGGGUUACGAAGGUGGAGAAAUACACCUUAGAUGGAGUUAUUCAGAACAUCACUACCCCUGUUUUUGUCGGUGACGCGCAGAACGAUAUGUUCUUUCCCGGACAGGCGAAAAAGUUAGCAGAGAAGCUCGGAGACCUUGCUACGUACCAUCUUUUUGAGGCUGUCGAUGGUGCUGGAGAGCAUUGUUCACUUGGUGCAGCUGUGCUCAGCGCUCAAGUUGUGCUUGAUUGGUUCGAGGACAAGAUCUCGCAUUCGUUAUAAUGCUUUUCUCAUGGUUGACUUGCUUUUUUUCUCUUCGUAAAAUUAUAUCAGCAGAUUUGGGGUGGAAAUGAUACGGUGGCGCAUCGGGGAACUGGACAAAAUCUCUACCUAAUCAUACAUAGAAUCCUACAUGUCAAUAUAGACCAAUCGCAUUUUAUUA